UCCCACUUAUCGCAGCUCCAGAGUGCUGUGCGAGGAGCCGGGGACAUAGCAGCGUCGGCGAGAUGAAGGUGCUCAGGGCUCUCCUGCUUGCCCUUUUGCUGUGCGGACAGCCAGGAAGAGGGCAAGCACAGCAGGAGGAAGAGGACGAGGACGAGGACCACAAGCCAGAUGACGACGACGAGGAAGAUGAGGACGAGGUGGAAGAGGAGGAGACCAACAGGCUCCCUGGUGGCAGGGGCAGAGUGCUGCUGUGGUGCUAUACCUGCCAGUCCCUGUCCAGGGACGAGCACUGCAACCUGACACGGAGCUGCUCACAUGGCCAGGCCUGCACAACCCUCAUUGCCCACGGGAACACCGAGUCAGGCCUCCUGACCACCCACUCUGCGUGGUGUACAGACAACUGCCAGCCCAUCACCAAGACGGUCGAGGGGACCCAGGUGACCACAACCUGCUGCCAGUUCAACCUGUGCAAUGUCCCACCCUGGCAGAGCUCCCGAGUCCAGGACCCACCAGGCAAGGGGGCAGGCGGCCCCCGGGGCAGCUGCGAAACUGCAGGCACAGCCCUCCUGCUCAACCUCCUCGCUGGCCUUGGAGCAAUGGGGGCCGGGAGACCCUGACCCACAGCCCCUCCCCACCCCCACCCAACUCACCCCUCGCCCUGCCAGCACUCUGUCUGGUACCUUCCCCUCCUGCCCUUGCACCAGCUUUGGAGAAUGAAUUUGGAGUGUCUUGGGCGAUCCAGCCAGCACAGCCCCGCCGGCCCGGUUGCUUCCUCAGUUCCCGGCUUUGCCCUUGGUUUCCUCUCCCCACCGCCUGUGAGUGGCAGGACUGCCGCACGUGGGCGCUGGGUCCAGACCUUGGCCACCACGCCCCAGGGCCUGCAACCCUCAUGGGGG